UAACUUUGUGGUUAACUUUGUUUACUUUUCUCGACACUAGUUUGCUCUUAUGUUAUUAAAAUUAAACUAAAUUUUGUUUUGAAAAUGUCCGUUAUUGACAGUAUUGUACUAAGCAACUUAGCGAUGAUUCUGCCAGAUCAAAAGUACACCAACUUUAAAACUCUCAAACCAAAUGUUUACCAAUUUCAGUGCAAUGCUUUAAAAACUGAGAGUGAUAUUAGGGAUUGGGUCAAAGCGUUCAGUGAACAAUCUUAUGUGGAAUGGAGAAUUUUUAGAACAAAUCCAAGGCUCAAACGCUAUAGAUGCUUUUUUAAAAUUGUUUAUAGGUGCCAACAUAGUGCCACAAGAUAUCAGUCUAAUGGCAAGAGGAAGUCAAAAAGUACCAAUUGUGAUGCAUUCUUAGUAGUAAAAAUAUUUCAAAAGUCAGUUUAUGAUGAAUCAUUAAUUACUCAAAUAACCCUCAAUAAUUUUCAUAAUCACCCAACAGGAAUAACAGCAGAGUCAUUAAAAUAUCGAGAUGUGUCUGAAAACAUUAAAGAAAGGUUAAGGGAGCUGUUCAAUUUUGGAUUGACACCAUCUGCUGCACAUGAUGUACUGACAACAGAUGCAGUCAUGGAACAUGGCGAUAACUGUAAAAAAGUUUUGGCCGACAGAAGUGUAGUCCCAGAUUUAGUGUAUUGUUAUAACUUUUUCUACAAGGAAUUUGGAAAAGAGUAUCACAAAGUUAAAAAAGGAGGUGAGCAUGAUGAACCUGUGAAUGAGGGAGUCACUAGUGAUAUAAUAUUUAAAAGUGGAGAUAUUUCUAACUUCAUAGCACCUGUACAUUGCAAAAAUAGUCACAACAUUGAAGUUGUAGUGGAUGACUCUGAGAAUGAAGAAGUUGUAGAAAUAUUUAUUUCUCAAGAUAAUUCUUCUGAUGGUUCCAAGAACGUUGAAGUGUACAAUAAUUUAAAAAGUACAUUUGAUGAUAUCUUGGAACGGAUAAAAAGUACGCAGAACUCUGAUAUUUUAGAAGCUACAGAAAAAUUUUGUAAAAAUUAUAAAACACUUUGUAGAAAUGAUAAGUCAUUAAAAUCUGCUUUGAAGCAUUUUGGAAAAAAUACGUACAAAAAGCCAAUAGUUGUUUCAAGAAAUGCUUUACGGAAAGACUUGAAAUGAUUUAUUUCCAGAAAAAUGUUUCUUAUCAAGAAUGCAGCAUGAAUAAUAUAAAGUUUGUACGAUUAAUAAGUGAAUCAGUUACAUAAUUUGUCUUGGUGGGUUUAUUGAAAGCUGUUCUUUAAGAUCAUACCAUGGUAAUAAUUAAUGCAUUAAUAAUAUGGAGAUAAAAUAAUUUUAAAUGAAUAAGAACAUACACAGAAGAAAUAAUCUUUUUCCAUUAUUUUACUUGUAAAUAAUUUAUAUUGAAUCAAUUUGUUAUUUUCAAAAAAUUGAAGUAAAUAUUAUUUUAUACAAC